AUGCCUCGCCCCACGUCACUCCACGAUAAUUCACCUGCCACAGACGUCACUUCAACAUCUUCACGAUGGACUCGUCUGAGCGAUAAACUUAGGACAGUCUUCCGCGGCGCAGACCCGCGGGUCUGCGCCGCUUUCUGGCUGUUUGGCCUGGUCAACAAUGUCCUCUAUGUGAUUCUACUAUCCGCAGCGCUCGACCUCGUCGGCCCCGAUAUCCCCAAAGGCCUCGUCCUCCUUGCGGAUAUCAUUCCCUCCUUCGCAACCAAGCUGAUCGCCCCGUACUUCAUCCAUCUGGUACCAUACUCCACCCGGGUCCUAAUCUUCGUCUUCCUCUCAGUCGUCGGCAUGCUCAUUGUGGCUAUGAGCCCAAGUUACACAGAUGGGGGAACGAUCGCAUCCAAGGUCGCCGGAAUCGUCCUGGCGAGUCUCUCAGCUGGAGGUGGCGAACUGAGCUUCGUCGGACUGACCCAUUUCUACGGGCCGUUCAGCUUGGCCGCUUGGGGGAGUGGAACCGGGGCCGCUGGCUUAGUCGGUGCGGGCGCAUAUGCCCUUGCAACUUCGGCCCUGAAUAUAUCGGUCCAUGUGACUCUCUUUGCCUCUGCGCUUUUGCCGAGUGUCAUGGCUCUUGCUUUCUUCGUUGUUUUGCCCAGAGCGCCUCUACAAUCGUCCGGCCCUGCGGCCGCAGAAGGGUCUGGGUCUGGGUCUUACUAUGCCGUUGAAAGAGAUGAGCACCCUAAUGAAGAUGAAAUGGACGUAGAUAGACACAACGAACAGGAUGACUCGGGGGAGUCGCAGGGACUUCUUGCUGUCUCGGCGCAUUCGGAUACUCUCAAAUCGGUGCACACCGCAGAUUAUGGUACUUGGUCAGGGCGCACAAGAACGAACCUGCGACGUCUGGGGAAACUUUUUUUUUCCAUUUACGUGAUCAACCAAGGCGUGGCCCCAACCCUCCUAUUCCCACUCUACACGACACCAUUCAAGAACUUCCGCGCUUUUUAUCCGGCCUACAACGCAAUCUACCAAGUCGGCGUUUUCAUCUCUCGCUCCUCAACGCCCUUCUUCCGCGUGCAUCAUCUCUACUUACCCGCUAUUCUGCAGAUGGUAAACCUAGCCAUCUUGACUACCCACUCCCUGUUUAACUAUAUACCCAAUGUGUAUAUCGUCUUUGCUAUCAUAUUCUGGGAAGGUUUACUGGGCGGGUUGGUUUAUGUGAAUACAUUUGCGGAAAUUGCGGAUCGUGUACCGGAGGAAGAACGCGAGUUCUCGCUCGGUGCGACGACUGUGAGUGAUUCUGCGGGUAUUUGCAUUGCCGGUUUCUUGAGUAUGCCCUGGGAGGUGUUGCUUUGUAGGUAUCAGAUGAUACAUGGGCGGGAGUACUGUCGGCAGGUUUGA